GAGCGCUCGGGACCUGAGGCGGAGGGGGACGCGACGGGUUGCGGCUCCCGGGCGAGGGUGGACGGUGGGCGGUAUGGAGGCGACUUUGGAGCAGCACUUGGAGGACACAAUGAAGAAUCCAUCCGUCGUUGGAGUCCUUUGCACAGAUUCACAAGGACUGAAUCUGGGCUGUCGUGGGACCCUGUCAGAUGAGCAUGCUGGGGUGAUAUCUGUUCUAGCCCAGCAAGCAGCUAAGCUAACCUCGGACCCCACUGAUAUUCCUGUGGUGUGUCUAGAAUCAGAUAACGGGAACAUUAUGAUCCAGAAACAUGACGGCAUCACAGUGGCAGUGCACAAAAUGGCCUCUUGACGUCUCCUGUCAGUUCUCCAGCAGCCUGUCAUAGGGACUUGAUCCUACCUGUGUUAAUUAUCUUGUAGAACUAUUGAAGUUUCAGUAGUUAGGCCAUUCAUUUAAUGUGCAUUGAGCACUUCUCUACUAAUUUUAGAUUAAGCUGCGUUAUGACACUCUAUGACACUGUGGACUAGUAGUUAAGAAAGGAUCAUGUUUUGAAGCAGCAGGUCCAGGUCACUUUGUAUAUAGAAUUUUGUUAUGUUCAAUAAAUCUGGUUGGAGGAAAGCUUGUUAAA